AUGAAGUACAAUGUAGGAGAUAAAAAUAGGGUGCGCUUGAUGCUCAAUUUCACAGCUCUGUGGCCCGGAGACGGCAAACCCGGGUUGUGGAUGAACUCAAUUUCAAGAAUGGGUGCAAUAUACAGUCUGUUAGUGAGAGACGAAGAGAUUUUCAUGGAAAGGAGGAAGAGGGAUGGACUUGUCAUUGGUGUGGAUAGAGAUGAAGAGAUUGAGCUUGUGAUACCACCAGUUUUUGAAAACUGUACUAGGGUUUUGGGUGCAGGAGAGCAGAUAGUUGGGAGGGACAUGUAUUGGGAAGGUGUUGUUUGUGAUGUGUCUAAAAAAGGAAUGAUGGAGAGAGCUGAGGAGAUGUUGGUCAAGUGUGUUGAGAACAACCCUUUUGUUGGAGAGCCACAUGUGGUGUUGGGUCAGAUUUAUCUGAGUAAAGGGAGGUUUGAGGAGGCUGAGAGGGAGGCUGAGAAAGGGCUUACACUCAUUUUGGAGUGGGGGAGUCCUUGGGAUAAGAGGAUGUCUUGGGAAGGUUGGAUUGCUUGGGCUAGAGUUUUGGUGAUGAAAGCUAAGGAGAGGUCUUGGCCUCAGACUUCUUGGGGCAUUCUCAACUUAGGGCUUGUUAGGUAA